GCGCGGCCCGACGGAGAGCCCCGCUGUGUCUGUCCGGCUCCUCCAGGAGCCCGCCGUGCGAUGCCUCUCUUUGGGAACUCCUUCAGCCCGAAGAAGACCCCUCCCAGGAAAUGGUCCUCGCUGUCCAACCUGCACCUGAUGGAUAGAUCCACCCGUGAGGUUGAGCUGGGCCUGGAAUACGGCACCCCCACAAUGAACCUUGCUGGCCAGAGCCUGAAGUUCGAAAAUGGCCACUGGGUUUCAGAAUCAGGAAGCUUCACGGGGGAUCGCAGGGAACUGCAGCGCUUGCGCAAACGAAACCAGCAGCUAGAGGAAGAAAACAACCUACUUCGGCUGAAAGUGGAGAUUCUGCUGGACAUGCUCUCUGAGACCACUGCCGAGUCCCACCUCAUGGAGAAGGAGCUGGAGGAGCUGAAGCAGCAUAACCGGAGGAAGAAGUGAACAAGAGGCAGCCAGGCUGGUCUUGGCCCACGGGAUGCUGGGGCUGGCUUGGCCUCCCAGCCAUGUUGGCACUGUGAGGAGGUACUUUGUUUGACGGGACCGCAGGUGCCGAGAUGCCUCCAGCGUUGUGCGGUGCCGCGGGUACUGCCAGUGGCUGGUUGGGCACCGCAGCGCUGUUCAACACCGCGAUUUUCCUCAGAGCACUUUACCUUGCUGCGUUUCCUCACCGCAGCCCAGCACAGGUACCCUCUUCUCUAAGGCAGCCGGACAAGAGGCGGUGAAGAUCUGUCUCCAUGAGGGCUGCUCCUCGCCCUCUCUGCUUACCGAAGCGGGGAGACCUCUGCCCGCUCCCCCUGGGGAGCCCGCGGGUGCUUGUACAAACCUCACCGUCUGCCUUGGGCGAGCAGGAUGCUGGAGUUGCUCGUUCUGAGAGUUCUGCAUAUUUUACAUAAAACCUUGCAAUUUAAACCCGGUUC